AUGAGUGCUGCCAGGUCCUCACCAGAAGUAUGUGCUACCACAUCUCCAACAGAAGAGAGUGCCACCAAGUCUCCAAUAAACGUGAGUGCCACCAAGUCUCCAAAAGAAGUGAGUGCCACCAUGUUUCCACCAGAAGUGAAUGCUGCCAAGUCCUCACCCAAAGUGUGGGCUACCAAGUCUCCAGGAGAAGAGAGUGCCACCAAGUCUCCAAGAGAAAUGAGUGCCAGAAAGUCUCCAACAGAAUUGAUUGCCACCGUGUCUCCACCAGAAGCGAAUGCUGCAAAGUCCUUACCCAAAGCGUGUGCCACCCUGUCUUCAAUAAAUGUGAGUACCACCAAGUCUCCAACAGAAGUAAGUGCCAUCAAGUCUCCAACAGAAGUGAGUCCCACCAAGUCUCCAACAGAAGUGAGUGCCACCAAGUCUCCAACAGAAGUGAGUGCCACCAAGUCUCCCACAGAAGUGAGUGCCAGCAAGUCUCCAAGAGAAGUUAGUGUCACGAAGUUGCCACCAGAAGUGAGUGCCUCCGAAACUCUGUUAGAAGUGAUUGAUACAAGCCUCUGA